CUGGCUGUACUGAAGAACUGCUGCUACAACAGUGAGCUCUCACUGCCGUGUGGUUCUCUCGCAGAAGCACGCACGUUUCGAGAUGGUUAUAUUGGCUUACUGGGAUAUUCGGGGGCUUGCUCAGCCCAUCCGUUUGCUUUUGGAAUACACAGGGACCCAGUAUGAGGAAAAAUUCUAUUCCUGUGGAGAAGCUCCCAAUUAUGACAAAAACUGUUGGUUUGAGGAGAAGGCCAAACUCAAAAUGGACUUCCCCAAUUUGCCUUAUCUUGAGGAUGGUGACAGGAAAAUUGUACAGAGCAAUGCAAUAAUGAGAUACAUUGCUCGAAAGCACAAUCUCUGUGGAGAAACGGAGGAUGAGAAGACCAGAGUGGACAUCCUAGAGAAUCAAGCAAUGGACUUCCGUAAUGGCUUUGUCCUGGUCUGCUAUGGAGAUUUUGAAAAUAAAAAGCAAGGUUACUUGGAGGCACUUCCAGGAGUUCUUAAGCAAUUCUCUGAGUUCUUGGGGGACAGGAAGUGGUUUGCUGGUGACAAGAUCACAUUUCCAGACUUUGUCAUGUAUGAGUUGUUGGACCAGCACCGCAUGUUUGAACCAAAGUGUUUGGAUAACUUUAAGAACAUCAGAGAUUUCCUGGACCGAUUUGAGGCACUUGAGAAAAUAGCAGCAUACAUGAAGUCAAGCAGGUUUAUGAAAACACCAGUUAACAACAAGAUGGCUAAGUGGGGGAACAAGAAGGAGUGAACACGCUGCCCUUUUUUUGUCUGUGCUUUUAAAGAACUACCCUAGGGUACCCUAGAUGACAUUAAAUAAAUUCUGACCUAAUUAUAUUGUAACCCCCCCCCCCGCCCACACACACAUUUUUAAAUGUAGCUGUGCAAACAGGACAAACUAUAAUUUUGAUAAUUCCACAUUUCAGUAAUAUAAUCACUUUAGGCCAAUUUUUGCACUAACAAAAAAAAGCUGGAAAGACAACUGCGGUAUUUAUAUUAAAAAUAGUUUGUAGUGGAAACUGGAAAGGUUUUAUAUGGGUUCUUAUGUAAUUGACACAUUCUGUUAAUUUGUCAGGCUUUUUUUUAUCUUCACAUGCAGAAUUGCAUUGGGCUCUGCACUUUUUGAUCCAGGAAAAGUUGAAGUUUUGUUCAUUCUCACAUUUUCCUGACCAUUUUGUUUAGAAAGAAUCAAAUGUCAAUUAAAACCUUUAUUUAGACAAUUUGCUACAAUAAACUUAAAUGAAAAGGUUGUCAUA